AUGUCAGAUCCAGAUUAUCCACAGCCAUCUUCCAGUAAAUCGCUCCGAAAAAGGAGAAAAAGAAGUGAAAGUAUAGGGAAAAGGAAGCCCACUGAUGGCAGGACAGAAAACGUCAAGUUCUAUGAACAACGAGUGUUGUCGGCACUGGUGGCUGAUGUGGACACUCUUCAUGAGGACUUUCUGAAGACCCCGACCUGGAGUUACCGCGAUUUCUCGAGUUGUUUCCUCAAUCGCGAGUUCUCUACAAUAUUUCUCGGUCGAAUGAAUGCCGCGGAUUUGAUAGAAGUAAGUAAAAAGGUAAUUUUUUAUUUCCUUUAGUUCUCCGAGAUCCUUCUCCUAUAUUCGUCCAGUUUCAUUUUCACUUUGAUCUCAAACAAUAAUGUCCCCAAAUAUGUCAAAACCACCAACUCCAACGAACUUGCGAAGAUUCAGCCAUGUCGGAAACAACGACUUCUCAAGGUAACUCUUAUCAUUAUUUCUUAUUCCUUUAGGAUCGAGUGUUUGGAAUCUAUUUAACAUAUACGUUGUUCUUCACUCAGCCUCAGAAUAAUAUUGCCAAUAUAAAAGUGACGGUUAAUCAGAUGGCCGAGUUGGAGGAGCUCUGUCAAAGCGAUCUGGUGAGGAAUGAAUGUCUGGAGGCGUUGUUCUGCGUUCACAGACUGGUCAAUCAUCACGCCUUUAUGAUAAAACCUUUUGAACAAGAUGUAAGUAUGUUAUAACAGAUACCGACUGUUGGCUCUGCGUAACCUAAUUUCUUUAUAGUUUAAUCCCCUAUUGGCUCGUCGUUUCAAUUUGGAAGAGCUUCUGGGCGAAGGAGCUCAAGUGGAUACCUUAAUGAGCGAUCCUUUAUCCGCUCUUCAUAAUCUUCUCACCGAUAGCACUUUGGAGGUAGGUCCCCCUUGAUAAUUGUCAUUUUGGUUUUUAGCAAGCCGACGUCAUCCAUCAAACCUAUAAUCGACUCAAGGUGGGGAUGGAAUUGCCUGAGGGAAUCGAUCUGGUUAAAGAUGGUCUGAUGUCCCGAGUAAAGGAAAUCCUGGAGGAAACUGUAAAAGAGCUGGACGACAUGUAA